UUCAUAUCACCCCGCGCAUUCUCAAAUCCAAUCGAAGCCAUUCUCAUAAAAAACAAACCAAAAGAUGCAACCGAAGCCGAAUUGUCUCGCGCUCUUGCCGAUGCCGUCCACCGCCGCCGCCGGCGAGCCCUCCCCGUCGUUGCCCCACGCCGUGACCACCCCCGACGGGUGGCACCCCCGCACAGCGGAGCGCCGCCUGCUCCAUCUCCUGCAUCACUCCUCCCGCGCCCGGCGACGCCCGCUCGAGCUCCUCGCCUUCGCCGUCCGCCAUUGCCUGCAUUCCUCCCCGUCCUCCCCGCACCACCACUUCCUGGCCGCGCUCCUCCUCCUCUCCUCCCCUCCGCCGCCGGCUCUCUCUCUCCUGAGCCUCCUCCCUCCUGAACCACCGCCUCCCCUCGCACUCCUCAACGCCGCCCUCAAGUCGCUGUCCGCCCCCUCUCCGCCCCUCGCGUUCCGCCUCCUAUCCUCCCUUCGCUGCCUUCAUGACCCCGAUCGCCUGUCCUUUCUCCCGCUGCUCGGGUCCACCUCCUCGUUGCCGCUCCUCUCAGCCCUCCAUGGCCUCCUCCUCCGCCUCGGCUUCCUCUCCCACCACGCCAUCUCCCUCGGGCUCCUCGGGCCCUAUCCUCUGCCCCACGCACGAAUCCUGUUCGACGAAAUGCCCCAGCAGAGAAAGUGCACCAUCGCCUACAACACAAUCAUCACUGCUUAUGUGAAAGCCAAGGAUAUUUUCACCGCACGCCAUCUGUUUGAUGAAAUGCAGCGGUUCAAGCGCUCCAGGAGAAGCAUGGUUUCCUGGAAUGCUAUGAUCGCAGGGUGUACUUGGUGUGGGAGGGACGACAUGGCAGUGCGGUAUUUCCAAGACAUGGUGAGGGAGGGCAAGGUGGCGCCAGAUGAUGGGACCCUUGCCGUGGUGCUGCCUGCUUGUGGGAGGACGGGGAAUGCUGCUGCCGGGAGGUGGGCGCACGAGUAUGCAUGCAAGAUGGGUAUCUUAGACAGCUCGGUGCAUGUUGCUAAUGCGGUGGUAGAUAUGUAUUGCAAGUGUGGCGAUGUGAGCAGCGCAAGAGAGGUGUUCGAAGGGAUGCAACAGCGGACUGUGGUGAGCUGGAACACAAUGAUCUCUGGAUUUUCAUUGAAUGGGCAAGGGAUUAAGGGGAUUGAGCUGUUCCGGCAGAUGGUGAGGCCCGGAGGGGAGCCUAAUUCAGUGACUUUCCUGGGGGUGCUUGGUUGCUGUGCCCAUGCCGGGGCAGUAGAUACUGGGCAGGUGAUCUUCCAGAUUAUGCAGUCAGAGCAUGGGAUUGAGCCGGGAAUUGAACAUUAUGGAUGUAUGGUAGAUUUACUUGGAAGGUCCGGCCUUCUCGAAGAGGCACAUGCGCUGAUUCAAGGGAUGCCAAUGAGCCCUAAUUCUGCAAUAUGGGGAUCACUUCUAAGCGCCUGCCGUGCCCAUGCUGGGCUCGGCAUUGCCGAGGUGGCUCUCAAAGAGCUUAUUAGUCUGGAACCUUGGAAUUCAGGGAACUAUAUGCUGUUGGCCAAUCUUUAUGCAGAAACACAACGUUGGGAGGAGGCAGGUGAUGUGAGGAAACUGAUGAGGAGGAUGAGUGUGCAAAAGGCACCAGGGCAGAGCCUAAUUGAAGAACCAAGUUCAAGUUGACAAAUGCAUGCUCGCAUUGUGAGUUAACUCUGGAAAUACUCCUACAACAGAGAGGGGAAAACUGCAAAGUGGACCAUGCAUUGACCAAUCUUAUCAAGAGAUCACAUAGUGGUAUUACAGGUCCCUACAAAUGCUAAGGGGCGCACUGCGAGCAUUUAUUUCUAUGUACAUUGUUCUAACUUAGUACUGUACCCAUGAAGCCCUCCACCAACUUGCUGCUUCUUACUCCCAGUGACAGUAUAUGCUCCCUCGUGUUGCCACGGAGGGGAAGGGACCACCACAUACACAGCCCUCCCUCCAUGUCUGGGGAUCGACGCCGGCGGUUGUGUGGUGCAGGCCGGCGGCGACACCGGAGGCGGGCGAGGCAAGACACCCGUUGACCUACCUCUUCUCAGUGCAAGUGGAGUGGUCCUGGGGAGCAGGGUAUCCUCUAGGCGAUAUGGCUGUUAGAUUGCAGUCACGAAGGAUCCAGCGGGAGGAGAUAUGCACUCCUAAACCGGUGCCGCGUCGAAUUCUUAAUUUGUCACGGGAAUCAUUAGAUCGAUAAGAUAUGAACGACCAUGCAGUAGUAGUGCAAGUACUGUAUAAAUUAUGAGCCUAGAAAAAAGCAAUCGAAGAUUAAAAUGCUACAAAAUGUGGCACUGCAAUUAUAGUACGUAGUACCUACCAGCACAAUGCAUUCCCAGGUCCUUUUGGUGUCUUGACAAUCUUUGUUGAUCUCAGCACA